GGGGCAGGCGGAGGGGAGAGGCUGUUCAGACAACGGCAGUCCCGUCUCCUCCGGGGGGCGGCUGGCUGCGCCGUACAUCGGGGCACGCACAGCAGCACUCUUAUUCUUCACGCCUCGGUUUCUGAUUAAUACCCGGGGAGGAAAGAUCCGUCCUUUCCCUUUGUACGUACACACUCCCCCCCCCCCCCCCGCUUUCCCCAGCCUCCUCCCCAUCACCCCCCGGGCCCCGUUUCUUUUCACCAAGCCCUUCCAAGUGCGGUCUGUGCGUCGCUAUUUACGCCUGGGGAGCUCCCAGGGGCACGGCUAAUCCCCGGCUUUUGAAGCCCUAUAACGCUUUUCACGGCCAGCCCCUAUACCUGUAAUUGAAUUUGUGUGAUUGAUGUCCGCCCUCCCUAUUUCCUUAGCAACCACUCGUACUGCCGGCGCGGCCAGCCGCGCCUUGACGCAGCGCUCCCCGCCGCCCGCCCGAACUGGGGAAGGCGGUGGGCACCUCGCGGCGGCGGGGGAAGCCCGCGCCCGUCCCCCCCUCCCCCCGCGGGCCGGCGCGGCGCGCGGGCCGGCGGCCGUUGCUCGCGGGGGCCGAGCCGUCGAGGUGGGACGUGGUGACACCCCCCACCCCCCCCCGCCGGGGAGCGGCAGAGCCAUUUCCCGCGCGACGCGUUUGUCGCGCCCCUCGUUCCGUCGGUUCUGCCCCGAAGCGUAACCCCUGGUUGGUCUGUGUGAUCCGGCGCUGCUGUUUCGUGUUGUUUCGGCACCUCAGUUGCUACCACGAGACCUCGUCACCGCCAAGCGCGCGAGAGCAGCUGUUCUGUAGUGGACGCCCCUUGUGUAGAUACCCCGGGGGCUGUGGGGCCGUGGCUGUCCCUAGGUGCGGAGGGGGGGAGGCGGCACGUGUGGUGAUGCUCUGCCCGGCUCUGGAGAUAGUGGUCUCUUGGCAGCUUGACUAUCCUAAAACUUCAGCUACCUUCAGUUUAAGGGACGCUUUAGUUGCCCAAGGCGCCUUAACUAUAUCCUUUUGCUUAGAUGGAGGCUCCCAAGGUGACUGGUCUGAGCAGUUUGGCUAGCCGGCCCCCCCCCCCCCCCCCCCCAUUCUGCCCCAAAGUAGUCUUCCUGUAUGUGUUUAUGGCCUUUUUUCCCCUCAUUGAGUUUUGGUGGGUAGAAAGCUCAUGGCACCAGUGACAGGACUGCCACUGUCAUCAGUGCCUCUGCAGAAAUGCCAGUGCUAUGCACCUGCUUUGUCAUCGGCAUCCUGGAUUUUGAAAAACAUCUUGUACUUUUUCUUUGCUACUUGGCAGAGCUUUUAUAAUUAGUCAGGAACUGUGGUUUUAGGUAAAUGUUCAGGAAAUGGAUCUAUACCUGCCCUUACUGUGGGUGAACAUGUAGUUCAGCCAUAAGGCAGAGGAAAUGCUUUUUAUUGUAAGCUUAGUGUUGACGAAAUGUGUCAUCUUUACCACAAUGAAAAGCAGAAUGCUGAAUAUGUGCUAUCUAGGCAGAUAAAAAGAAAAAGGGUAUAGACAGUGGAUAGUUUGAGGUUCCUACCUAACUUCAUACUGGAAGUACUAUAUCUGGAGUUACCAAUUUGCUGACAAAUUGGAAACGGUUCAGAAAAAAGCUGCAGAAAUAAUUAGACAUCUGGAAACUGGAUUGUACGGAGUGAGGUAAACCAAAUAGGUUGAGCUGCUUAUCAGGAAGUGUCAGGAGGUGCUUGUAUCAGAUUAUAACUAUCCAUGCAAGGAAAAGCAAGCAGAUCAUUAGCAGACAGUGGCAAAGCAAGAUUCAGUGACUGGAAUUUGAAACUGGAUGUUCUCGGAUUAGAAAUAAGGAACAUUCUUUAGUAUAUGAAUGUAGCUGAAGAGUAUGGGAUUGAUUAUGUCUCUUCAAAACUUGUAAAAGUCUAAAAGCUGUAAUUAAAUAUUAGGUAGGAAAUAAAGGUUUUACAUGGAAGGCCAGACCAGAGAUUUUACUAAUUUCAUUUGAGGCCUUGCCACAUGUGAAUGGCAUCACUAAAUCCUUAUGCUUCCCCAGAAAAAAAAAAACUACUAAGUCCAAGCUAUGCUUGCAAAGUAUCUUUUAUUCCCUCUACAAACCUGAUUAAAUCCUGUGUGCUGUCUUGAAAGAUAUUUAAAAAGUAGGUAUUGGAAUGAUCAGAUUAGUCUCAUUUACAUGUUAAUAAUUAGAUGCAUUUCAAAUUGGCUAAGAAGUUUCCUAAUAUUCAUUGUGAUGUUAGUAAAUAGGAUUUGCAUGAUGUUGAUUUCUUCUUGAGAUGACAUGCUAUGAUUUUUUUAACCUUUACAAAUAAUCCACUGGCUGCAGGGGUAUUACCCAUCUGAAUGAAUGUUGUAAAUCACUCCCAGAAUUUUAGAAAGGCAAAUUUAUCUGGUGCAUGUAUAAAUGACUAUGUAUGCUUUUGGAAAUUUGUUUUUAAAUGGUUUUCCCUUCUCUGGUGUUCUGUUUCUCCAUUGUCUGCCUCUGCAGAGUUUGCUCUAUGCACAGGUGUGCUGAGAGUGCUUAAGAGGACUGAUUAGUACCAGCUGACACAACAUAUGGUUUGGUAUUCCAUGAUGCUGGACUGUUAGUUGGCUGUGUAAAACUUCCAUUUAAUCCCUGGCCACAGCUAAAGCUGCUUUUAAGUAUUACUGCAAUAGUGUUUUAAAUGCAAAAAAAAAAAAAAAAAAGGGUGGGGAGGGAAGUAACAUUGAAAAUAAAAAUAUAUUCUACUACAUCAAAUUGUAGUUAAUAUGUAUACAACAAAUAUUUGAAAACUUAGAAUGUGUAUGAUGAAUAGUUUCAAAUACAGAAAUUUGUUCUUUAGUAAAUAACAAAAUACAUGCUGCAGAAAGAUCAGAUAACUGUACUCUGGAUUCUUUCCCAGGUUCUUCCUUUGUCUACCAGUGUAUUGGGUCUAGUUAUUCACUGCUGAAAUCAAUGAGUGCAUAGCAUCGAUUAUAGCUGGAACAAGUCUGAACACAGUAUUUGAGCAACAAGAAACCUUAAUUUUAUGAUUUCUUAUGCCUAUUUAACAUAAAGCAGAUAUGUGCAUCUUAAGUUGUACGGAACUAGUAGUUCAAGGUUAAUGGUAACUUUUAUGGUUUUUGUAAGGUUGUGACCUUGGACCAUGAAAGCGAUAAUGGUUGAAUAUUAUUUCAAAAUGUUAUAUUGCGUAGUUCACUAUGAUAGCUUAGUGUUUUGCAGUAUAGAUCUGUUUUAAUAAAAAGAAUUUGCCUUGACUCAUUUUCUUUUGUUUUUCAGGAAAACAAAUGGAGCAAGUUCAGUUAACUAUCCAGUCUAAUGUCUUACUGAUAUCUUAAGGAAUCUUACAAAUACUUAUUUUGAAUUGAGAAAAUGACUGCAGAUAUAGAAGAAAAUACAGGUUGUUGGAAAAGAAUACCUGUCAAAAAGUGAAACAUCCAAUAGUUAAUUUGGAAGUAGUAUAAAAUACAUAUACCUGUUAUGGUGUGAUUCUGGAGUGGAGUUAACUCUAUAGCACACAGGUAGCCCUCCAAGGAGGGGGGGGGGGGGGAAGCAGCUUUCUGUUUUUCUAAAUUAUGGAACUUUUUUGGAAGAUGUGGACAUGGAUUUUGAGCCUAGUCAUGGUUUCAUCGGAAUUUCCCAGUGACAACAGGCUUUCAUAUAGUUCUCAAGAGGAAUUCCUGUCUUACCUUGAACACUACCAACUAACAGUCCCAAUAAGGGUUGAUCAAAAUGGAGCCUUCCUCAGCUUUACUGUGAAAAAUGCUAAACCUUCAAGAAGGAGGAGGAGUACAGACCCUUAUGACCAAGAACUGGCAGCAUCUAAAUUAUUUUUUAAACUUUCUGCCUAUGGCAAGCACUUUCAUUUAAACCUGACUCUCAACACAGAUUUGGUGUCUAGACAUUUUACAGUAGAAUACUGGGGGAAAGAUGGACCUCAGUGGAAGCAUGAUUUUUUAGACCACUGUCAUUACACAGGAUAUUUGCAAGACCAACACAGUACAACUAAAGUGGCCUUAAGCAACUGCAAUGGUCUGCAUGGAGUCAUUGCUACAGAAGAUGAAGAGUAUUUUAUUGAGCCUUUAAGGAAUAUAACAAAAAAAUCCAGUAACUUUAAUUAUGAGAAUGGUCAUCCUCAUGUUAUAUACAAAAAGUCUACCAUGCACCAGCAACAUCUUUAUGAUCAUGGUCAUUGUGGAGUCUCAGAAGACCUCACAAGAAGUGGUAAACCUUGGUGGAUGAGUGAUGCAUCUGCUUUUCCAACUUCACUUCCAGUCAAUGACACGUUCAGUAUUCAUAGUCGACAGAAGAGAUCAGUAAGCCUUGAACGGUUUGUGGAAACGCUGGUAGUAGCAGACAAAAUGAUGGUGGGAUACCAUGGUCGCAAAGACAUUGAGCACUACGUUUUGAGUGUAAUGAAUAUUGUUGCCAAACUUUAUCGUGAUUCCAGUCUAGGAAACAUUGUGAAUAUUAUAGUGACACGUUUAAUUGUCCUCACUGAUGAUCAGCCAAACUUGGAGAUAAACCACCAUGCAGACAAGUCCCUCGAUAGCUUCUGUAAGUGGCAGAAAUCCAUUCUCUCCCACCAAAAUGAUGGAAACACCAUUCCAGAAAAUGGGAUUGCCCACCAUGAUAAUGCGGUUCUUAUUACUAGAUAUGAUAUCUGCACUUAUAAAAACAAGCCUUGUGGAACACUGGGCUUGGCCUCUGUGGCUGGAAUGUGUGAGCCUGAAAGGAGCUGCAGCAUUAAUGAAGACAUUGGCCUAGGUUCAGCUUUUACCAUUGCACAUGAGAUUGGUCACAAUUUUGGUAUGAAUCAUGAUGGGAUUGGAAAUUCCUGUGGGACCAAGGGUCAUGAAGCAGCAAAGCUAAUGGCAGCUCAUAUUACAGCAAACACCAACCCUUUCUCUUGGUCAGCCUGCAGUCGGGAUUACAUCACCAGUUUUUUAGAUUCGGGCCGUGGUACUUGCCUUGAUAAUGAGCCUCCCAAGCGUGACUUUCUUUAUCCAGCUGUGGCCCCAGGUCAGGUGUAUGAUGCUGAUGAACAGUGUCGCUUCCAGUAUGGAGCAACAUCCCGCCAAUGUAAAUAUGGGGAAGUGUGUAGAGAGCUCUGGUGCCUCAGCAAAAGUAACCGCUGUGUUACCAACAGCAUUCCAGCAGCUGAAGGUACUCUUUGCCAAACAGGGAGCAUUGAAAAGGGGUGGUGUUAUCAGGGAGAGUGCGUACCUUUUGGCACUUGGCCCCAGAGCAUAGAUGGGGGUUGGGGUCCAUGGUCAAUAUGGGGAGAGUGCAGCAGGACCUGCGGGGGAGGAGUCUCCUCAUCUAUAAGACACUGUGACAGUCCAGCGCCUUCAGGUGGAGGCAAAUAUUGUCUUGGAGAAAGGAAGCAGUAUCACUCAUGUAAUACUGAUCCGUGUCCUCCAGGGGCCCGUGAUUUUCGAGAAAAACAAUGUGCAGACUUUGAUAAUAUGCCUUUCCGGGGAAAGUAUUAUAACUGGAAACCCUACACUGGAGGUGGGGUUAAACCAUGUGCAUUAAACUGCUUGGCUGAAGGUUAUAAUUUUUACACUGAACGUGCUCCUGCAGUAAUAGAUGGGACUCAGUGCAAUGCUGAUUCACUGGAUAUCUGUAUCAAUGGAGAAUGCAAGCAUGUAGGUUGUGAUAAUAUUUUGGGGUCUGAUGCUAAGGAAGAUAGAUGCCGUGUUUGUGGAGGAGAUGGGAGUACAUGUGAAGCCAUUGAAGGUUUCUUCAAUGAUUCAUUGCCCAGAGGAGGCUAUAUGGAAGUGAUUCAAAUUCCGAGAGGUUCUGUGCACAUUGAAAUAAGAGAAGUGGCAAUGUCAAAGAACUACAUUGCUUUAAAAACUGAAGAGGAUGACUACUAUAUUAAUGGUGCCUGGACUAUUGACUGGCCAAGAAAGUUUGAUGUUGCUGGAACAGCUUUCCAUUACAAGAGGCCAACAGAUGAACCAGAGUCUUUGGAAGCACUAGGCCCUACUUCAGAAAAUCUCAUAGUCAUGAUUCUGCUACAGGAACAAAAUUUGGGUAUAAGGUAUAAAUUCAGUGUUCCCAUCUCUCACACUGGCAGUGGAGACAAUGAAGUUGGCUUUGCAUGGAAUCAUCUGCCUUGGUCAGAAUGUUCUGCCACUUGUGCUGGAGGUGUGCAGAAACAAGAGGUGGUGUGUAAAAGACUGGAUGACAACUCCAUUGUACAAAACAAUUACUGUGACCCUGACAGUAAGCCUCCAGAAAACCAAAGAGCCUGCAACACUGAGCCUUGCCCACCUGAAUGGUUUAUAGGAGAUUGGUCAGAAUGCAGUAAGACCUGUGAUGGAGGAAUACGUUCACGAACAGUUCUUUGUAUCAGAAAGAUUGGACCUUAUGAGGAGGAGACACUGGACAAUAUCAACUGUUUAACACACCAGCCUAUUGAGAAAGAGCCCUGUAACAAUCAGUCCUGUCCCCCACAGUGGGUCGCUUUGGACUGGUCAGAAUGCACGCCAAAGUGUGGCCCAGGAUUCAAACACCGAAUUGUUCUGUGCAAAAGUAGCGAUCUUUUAAAAACUUUUCCAGCCAUGCAAUGCCAAGAGGAAAGCAAACCUCCAGUCCGCAUCCGCUGUAGUUUAGGCCGAUGUCCUCCUCCUCGCUGGGUUACUGGAGACUGGGGACAGUGUUCUGCGCAGUGUGGUCUUGGGCAACAGAUGCGAACAGUACAGUGCCUCUCAUACACCGGACAAGUAUCCAGUGAGUGUCCAGAAACACUUAGACCUCCAUCAAUGCAGCAGUGUGAAAGUAAAUGUGACAGUACUCCCGUUUCCAACACAGAAGAGUGCAAAGAUGUGAACAAAGUGGCAUAUUGCCCACUGGUGUUGAAGUUCAAGUUCUGCAGUCGAGCAUACUUCAGACAGAUGUGCUGCAAGACCUGCCAAGGACACUGACCCACAGAAAGCACGAGAACGUGCGUUGUUAUUAUUGUGGAAAAGCAUCCAUUGAAGAGAGCCACACAGCAGAAUGAGAUUGACGUCCUUGCAAAUGCAUUACCCUGUGGAAAACGUAACCACUGGUCAGCCCCAGCUGACAGGAUUUCAAUAUUAUUUUAACUUCUGUGAAGUGGGAUUUAUUCAUCCAAAGUGCUGGACACAGUAUAAGGAGGGCAUGCCAAAUUGGAAAGAUCCACACAGCACAUAUAGAAUAGCUUACUGUGGAACAUUUGUGUUCUUUUGACUAAAUCCAAUAGUCUGUUUACCUCCUUGGACCAUUAAAAUAAUUUUUAUUAUGGACUUAGCAAUGACACUGAAUCCAUUUGUAUUUAAAACUUUUUAAAACAUAGCUGUUAUGACUUGGUCUACUAUGGAAGUAAAGAAGAAUCAAAAAAAUGUUAAGUCAUAGCUUAAAAAUGUUAACUAUUUUAUCUCACAACACAGCACCACAAUUUAAAUUAUAAAAUGAGCUUGGAAAUGUUAUUUAAGGAGCAGAAAUUAAAACAAUAUGUAUUUUUCCUUCAUUCCUCCUAAUUUCCUUUGGAGUAAUCCAUAUUUCCUGAACACUGCUGUGAGCCAUAUAUAAAGCUAUACUAAAUAGAACAACCAUGAGGGACUUAGUUUUAAGAGGUGCAACAGUUAUUGCAGUGGUGCAUGAAAUACAGGUGUGCUAUGAAAUGAAAUCUGUGUUGCAGGUUUAUAGCCAUCUUACGAUUGUAAAAGUGAAGCUGAGAUUUCCACUGAAAGGGAACAUAUUUCAAUAUCAUGGAGGAAGCAGACUCCAGUAGUGGUGAAGACCGUAUUGCCAGCUUCUUCACUACUACCAUACAGGUUACUUCGAACUUUCACUUUGACUCCAGCUCACUUCUGUUUACAACACCAGCCACAAAGAAAAUACAACUUUGUGGGCAUAUAGAUCUGGUUUACAUGUUACUUUUGAUUCUCCAACACCAAGGAGUUCCAGUGAAAAAGAUAAGCCUACUGCGUAAUAGCAACAAUCCUUUGCAAAGCUGAAAGUUAAAAUGGGUUCCAGAUGUUCCCUUCUUUGAUACCAUAGCAGAAGGGUAUUUGUUUAUGAGAAAGAAUAUGUGAAUGUACAGUUCAGGAGACCACAUCUGAGUGGACAAAGAUUACAACCAAAGAAUAAGACUCAUGGAGAUAUCUAGGUUCUGUUCAAAUGAGAAGUCAAAAGUGUGCUUGAGCCAAGAGGCCUGUUGGGCUAUCAGGAGAAAGGCACACUGGAAAAGGGGUGGCUAGAAUGAGUCUGGCCACCUUCACCUAAAUGGCCAGGUACAUAUUUAAAGCUGGACCAUAUUUAAAGCUAGGGGCAGCUUUCAGUAUGAGACUGGAACAAACUCAUGCCUCUAGAUUAGUAGCUAGAUGCCCUAACUAUUCUGCUGCCAUACUCUACUUAUUUCAUAUUACUGUAUUUUUAAUAUUCACCAAAUACUUUGCAUUUUUAAAUGUAAAACCAAACUACUUAGGCAAGUCACAUUCAAGAAUCUGCCAUAAAAAAGUUUAAUGUCAUGCUCCUCUUCCCCUUCACUUUUCAGUAACAGACUCAACAAGGAGAUAAGUGGGUACUUGUUUCUAUUAAUAUAUUGUACUUGAACACUUGCAGUUUGUAGCAGGUGCUUGAUGAAUGUGCUUUUGUGUCCAACUAUGCCUCCUUUGUUGUAGCGUAAUUAAAAUUAUGUGAACAAUAAUGUGUUACAAAUUCUAACUCAAAUAGCACUUUUUAAAAGAAGUACUCUUUUUAGUGAAAAAUAAUUUCAAAAUAUCACGAGAUUGAAGUGUAUUGGUGUAUUUUACCAAUAACAAGCCAAAUGUGAUGCACACUAUUUACUAAUGUGAAUUAACAUGGAACAAUAGAUAUUGUUAACGGGACUCAUGCUAUGAAAUCCCCCCAACAUAUUGACAAUCUAUCUGUGGGGUUUUGUGUAGCCCACAUAUUCAUGACCAUCAAAUUCCUGUCAUCUGCUACCUCUUGCCAGUAUUUCCACUUCCAUAUGCCUGUGACCAGUGAAAUUCCUUUUCAGUUGGCUUGCAUGUAUUCACAAAUGCUUAUCUGCUGCUCUCAUCACCAUGUAAACAACUCCUGUUAAAACUGACACCAGUAGAUACAAAACCCCAAUCUUUAGGAGUUGCACAUACGGAUUAAGGGCAGUAUGUAGUCCUUCUCUGUUAAGUGAAUGGACUUUCUAUAUCCUUUUGACAAAACACCUUGGUGCUAGCAUACCCUGGUUAGGUCAAAAAAGAGAUAAAAGGGAAAGGGAUUGCUAUGGCAUUCUCUAAGCAAGAUGCCUCUUUGUAUCAGGGUCCGGUUUUCUCCAGGGAAUGAUUUUGUUUAUCAGCUAAUGUGCCUUUUCAGCUAACAAGAAAAAGGUUUUCUAUGUAUUCAAAAGAAACUUUUUUUUUACCUCACUUAGGACAUUAAAAUUGUAAGGAGUGUUUCCAAAGAUACAUUUUGCUCUCUUACUGGUGCUAGAACACUAGGGAGUCCGAUGUUUACUCUGCAACAUAACAGCACUGAGGUUGGAAUUUAAAGAACUCCCUGGAGCAACGUUGAAUUGUAUUGUUAAAGGGAACAAAACACAGAAUGUACGUGGAUUUACAAACUAAGCAAUGUUUCAGACUAAGACCAAAAAAUGAAGCCUAAUUCAAUGAAAAAUAAUUGGUUUCCACAGCACAGUUCAUUGCUGCUGCUACACUGUAGCCAUCUAUAUAAUCUAAGCUAAAUAGUGCUAUAUUCCUAAAUAGUGACAAUAGGACUAUUUGUAUAGGCUAUAAAUAUGACAAGCCUAGAAUCAAAUAGUGGAAUACUAAAUGCAGAAAUCAAUCUGGUGCCAGUACUUCCACUGAGCAAUACUAUCAGCUGAAGAAGAUCAAACCAGAAAGAAAAAUCUCCAGAUUAACCCCUCAGGGUGUAUACACCCAAAAAUAGUCCAUUUUUUUAGGAACUUUGUAAUGGAGUGAAUGUCACAUAGAUAUCCUUAAUAAUACAGACUGAAAUUACCUUUGUAUUAUUGUGAUUAGUUGCUUAUUAUUUUAUACUUGGUAUUAAUGUGGUACACUGUUACUUUAUUAUUAUUAUUUUUUGCUUUUGUAAAUUAUAUUCUAAUUUAUUGUCAUGUUUCUUAACACUUGUUCUACAUGCAUUCUCCUGCUUGUAAUGAAAACAAAUAUAUUGUAACACUUGAUGCAGUGAAAUUCCACACCAGGCACAGAUUUGUUUUUAACAUAGAUAAUUUAGUAAAAUAAAACUACAGCUUUUAGGAAUGAUACCCAUGGUACAGUUGUCUAUUCCCUGACUUACAGUUGCUAGAAUUCUGUAUGCUUCACAUUUGCUUCAUCAGUUGCAUCAAAAUAUAUAUGUUUUCUUUCAAGUAACAUCCAUAUGUUAUGCCAGAAUACUGUCCUUGACAGCAGCAAUGUUUGUCAUAUAUAAGCAAAACGAAAAGGAAAAGGAAAAGUUAAGAACGUGAUCAUGUACAUUAUUAGAUAAUAUUUUAGCUUAAGCAAUAAAUGUAGAUCAAGAAUGAAAUUAAUGGCAGCAAAAUAUCCUAUACUUCUUGGAAUGAUUUCAUUAACAGCCAGUCAAUAAUAACAAUAACAAUAAAAUGUCCUUCUUGCAUUGAGCUUUUAAGAUUUUAUCUGAAGCUAUAAUGUUUUUUAAAAUAAAAACCAAAGUCAGUUCAGAAGACUUGA